UGAUGACUUGUAACCCAUCUGCAUUUCUAUGGGUAUGUACAGUACAUGUUCAAACAUUUCCCCUCUGCACCUCUAAGUAGAUCUCAGAGCUAACCCCUGACCUGAAAGAGAUGGAUGGAUGGGACAAACCUGUAGGGUCCUCUGUAGGGGCCAUGAUGUCCAAAGACAAUGGCAGCACCCCCACAUCACCUCCGGUCAACCGGUCCUGUGCGGACCUGAAGUGCUAUAUGGUUCUGUUCGAGGCGGAGAAGACAGCCAUCGGCUCCAUCUGUUUCCUGGCCGGACCCUUCACUUUCCUGGAGAAUGCUUUGGUCCUGGGUGUGAUCGCCGCCACGGCCGCCCUGCGCCAGCGCCCCUCCUACCUCUUCAUUGGCAGCCUGGCCCUGGCCGACGUCUUUGCCAGCUGCUUCUUCACCACCAGCUUCCUGGACUUCCACCUGUUCCACCGCCUUGAUGGCCCCAUCGCCUACCUCUUCAAGCUGGGCGGGGUGACGAUGGCUUUCACCGGCUCGGUGGGAAGUCUUCUGCUGACUGCUCUGGACCGCUAUCUGUGUAUACAUCAGGCGUCGAGUUAUAAAGUGGUGUUGACGCGCCGCAGGGCCCUGUUGGCUCUCCUUGCCCUGUGGAGCGCCACCAUCCUCAUCUCCUUCCUCCCUCUGAUGGGCUGGAGGUGCCCCACAGGGCUCAGCCCGCCCUGCUCGCGCCUCUUCCCAUACAUCGACCACCGCUACCUGGCCUGCUGGGUCAGCUUCAUCCUGGUGCUGCUGUCACUCAUCCUGAGCGCCUACGCCCUGAUCCUGUGGAGGGCCAAUCGGCAUGAGGCCUCCAUGACGGGCCUCCAGGGGGCGCCUACCGGUGGUCAGGCCCGCAUGCGGCUGGACAUCCGAUUGGCACGUACCCUGGGCCUGAUUCUGCUCAUAAUGGUGGGCUGUUGGCUGCCGACCCUCUCCUUCAUGCUGGCAGAUAUCUCGGUGCAGCUCACACACACCCAGCAGAGGGCCUUUGCUUUCUGCAGCACCAUGUGCCUGGUCAACUCAGCCGUCAACCCACUGCUGUAUGCCCUGCGCUGCCGGGAGCUGAGGUUGGCACUGAUGCGGCUGUUGGGGGGCCUGAGUGAGGGGCUGGGGUGCUGCCAGAGGCAUGUAGGGCGAGACUCGACCACUACCCUUCCCUUAGGCGAGGGCAACAGCUGUAGCGCGCACUCCGAGAGUGAGGAGCCCAGACUCGUUAGCUGCCGACCGAACACAGUCUCAGAAAUGGUUGGGAACCAGCAGCUGGACAUGACUGGAAAAUGAGAAGGGGUGAGAGGCUUACUGUAUAUCAGGGUUAUUAUAGUGUGUUGUGAACUUGUGUUUCUUCUGUUGUGUUCAUAGCGAUGAGGAGGUAAUGUCUCUAAAAUGAACUGUGAUAACAGGGACUAAAACAAAGAUAUAGACCAUGUUACCAUAAAUUGUGUUGACCCACCUACAAGCCAAGUCACUACGAGAUAAUAUUAUUUUAUUAUUUGUCCAAGGGACAAAUAAUAGCAACAAGCUAUGUGUUUUUUUUUACAAACCAGUAGAAAUUAGGGGAAUUAUCCCAAAUUAACACCUUUGGGAAAACAACAGCAUUGUUAAUGUUGGCAGUGCAAAUGUAGAUAGCUAUGUGUAUCCUAUGCUUGUUUUAGCUUGAGUGUUUGUCCUUUAGCGUCCAGAAGAGGAUCCUGCCGUGUUCCCAUCUGCACAUAUACACCUGUCCUGAACAGAGGCCCUAUGGAUUGCAAACAAUGUUCUCCACAUGUGACUGCGAGCAGUGUCGAGAUCAGAGGUGUAGGCAAGGCAGAGCCUGAGUGGGUCCACUCAGAUUUUGUAUUAUUUUAAAAAAAAGUUUUUUUUUAAUGCUCUUUACUUGUCAGUGUUCCAAAUGGGAUAUUAUGUAUUUUACCUAAAUAUGCAAACACUAUUAGAAUUCAUAGCAAGCAGUGCACUGGGUUAGUCAGAUUUGAUUAAAUAUAACAAAACAGAUGACCUGGAAUGACAUCACUUGCCAAAAAGAACUAACUGAAAGCCACACCCCCAAUGAGCAACGAAUAUGACUGUAUUGAGGCAUAUGUCACUGUGCUUUUAUGGCUACAUGCACCAUGCCACUACCUACUUCAUUUGUUCAUUUAGCAAACAAGACAGCUCAUAAUCCAGCGCCUUUAUCACAUUCUACACACACCUAUAUUUUAGUUUUAAUUAGCUUUAAAAAUCCUACAUUUUCUCUCAGCCUCAUGGCAAAAUGUGUAGAAUAGCAUGAGAUGAGCUGAAAAAAAAUGGCACAUAAACCUCUAAACCCUAUGGCAAAAUGUGUAAAAUAUAAUUGGGGGCCCAGACAAAUUUCUACAGGCCCAACCAACAACAUAUUUCUGGCUACGCCACUGGUCGAGAUGAGUGGGGCACAGGUCAGAAAGAUAGAGAAUCACACAACACAGAGACGAGAACACUCUUUUCUAUAGAACACUAUAAAUAUCAUAUCAAAUCAAAUCAAAUUUUAUUUGUCACAUACACAUGGUUAGCAGAUGUUAAUGCGAGUGUAGCGAAAUGCUUGUGCUUCUAGUUCCGACAAUGCGGUAAUAACCAACAAGUAAUCUAACUAACAAUUCCAAAAUUACUGUCUUAUACACAAGUGUGAGGGGAUAAAGAAUAUGUACAUAAAGAUAUAUGAAUGAGUGAUGGUACAGAGCAGCAUAGGCAAGAUACAGUAGAUGGUAUCGAGUACAGUAUAUACAUAUGAGAUGAGUAUGUAAACAAAGUGGCAAAGUUAAAGUGGCUAGUGAUACAUGUAUUACAUAAAGAUGCAGUAGAUGAUAUAGAGUACAGUACUAUAGUUCACAAGUCAUUUUAGUAGAUCAAUCACAAAACAAUCAAACACAAAAGGUAGAUGUUUUGUCUUGUUAUGUGUCACAUGCUUCUUAAACAACAGGUGUAGACUAACAGUGAAAUGCUUAACCACGGGCCCUUUUCCAACAAUGCAGAGUUAAAGAUAAAAAUAGAAAUAGUGAUAUGAGGAAUAAAUACACAGUGAAUAAUGAAUAACAAUAACAAGUUAAAACUCUAAGCCAAACUGCACCGCUGCUAAGACAAUUUGGUGUUUACUCUGCAGCAUUUGAAACAAAGUGUUGUGUGUUUAUAGUCCCCCUCCCUCAAGAGGACAAUCCUUCUAAACACAGAUGACAGCCUGAAGACAGGGAGUCUGCCAUUUCAGGCCAGAAAAUAGUGGGAGGGGAAAGGACAGACAGCAUGGUUUAUGUGAGGGGGUGAGAUGGCAGAGACUAGAUAGAGACAGUCAUUUCUGGGUAACAAUUAAGUACCUUACUGUGAUUGUUUUCAAUUAAAAUGGUCAAAAAUAAACAAAAAUAGCUUCUUAGCUAAGAGCAAUUUCUCAAGCAAGACUUUUGCUAUGACUGUCUGGGAGUGGUCUGAAUGGGGAGGGGGAAACUGAAAAUUAGCUCUGGUUGGCAGAGAGGUUUGGCACUCUAUUUCUUAUAAACUCAGCAAAAAACAAAUGUCCCUUUUUCAGGAACCUGUCUUUCAAAGAUAAUUUGGAAAAAUCCAAAUAACUUCACAUCUUCAUUGUAAAGGGUUUAAACACAGUUUCCCAUGCUUGUUCAAUGAAACAAACAAUUAAUGAACAUGCACCUGAGGUACAGUCGAUAAGACACUAACAGCUUACAGACGGUAGACAAUUAAGGUCAGAGUUAUGAAAACUUAGGACAAUAAAGAGGCCUUUCUACUUACUCUGAAAAACACCAAAAGAAAAAUGCCCAGGGUCCCUGCUCAUCUGCGUGAAUGUUCCUUAGGCAUGCUGCAAGGAGGCACGAGGACUGCAGAUGUGGCCAGGGCAAUAAAUUGCCAUGUCCGUACUGUGAGACGCCUAAGACAGCGCUACAGGAAGACAGGACGGACAGCUGAUCAACCUCGCAGUGGCAGACCACGUGUAACAACACCUGCACAGGAUCGGUACAUCUGAACAUCACUCCUGCUGGACAGGUACCGGAUGGCAACAACAACUGCCCGAGUUACACCAGGAACGCACAAUCCCUCAAUCAGUGCUCAGACUUUCCAAUAGGUUGGAUCGGAGGGUGAGGGCAUAUGACAAAGAACAUUUGAUUUGAAGCAGUGCUUUGUUAUGAUUCUGAACGGUCAGAUAGCAAGCAACAAUGACAAGAAGCUGCCAUGUGUGGAAUCGUAGGUUGCUCAUUUCAGCUAGUUGUAUCUUGUUCUUGAUACCAUGUCUUAUUUUGAGGUGUUUUGACUUAUUUCAUGUCAAUGUUAAUAUGGCUCAAAUUUACCAGCUAGCUAACCAACAACUGUAAAAAUGUAUUUGAGAGACAAUAAGUGCUCAUUGUGCAAAUGUAUUUGUUUUCAAUAAACAUUUGGCGAUGAAAUAUAGUUUACAUGUUGUCAACAAUGUAAGCCAACCCCAUCUGUUUUGCCCCAUCGUUGCACAUGUGUUGGUUUUGUUGCUUAACAACCAUCCCAUCUAUUGGUCUAUUAACUCGUUUACCGCCUGGGGAUGUCACCAUGCAGGCAGGCCAAAACUU